GACAUGAACGACUUCUUCAUCAUCGCAGCGAUCGCACCUGGCGAUUGGAAGGAGGCGCUGGCUGACCUCAAUGCGGCCCAGCGGGCCAGGGCGAAUCUUGUCAUCAAUUUCGCCAGGCACGUGCAGGGCAUCGAGGUCGUCGACCUCGCCAGCCCGCCGCCUUCCACAGGACCGGCCCCUUCCACGGGUACGCCAGCCGAGGGAACUCCAACCGCGGCUGCACUUUCAGAUGGUGUCACGAAGAACGCCAUCAAGGUCAACCGCAUGUUCGACCAGGGGUGCCGUUUGGAGUUUUUCCCAUGCGCCCCGCAGGAUAUUGCAAAAAUGCGUGCCCGGUGGCAGACGUCGAUGUGGGUAGCGCUGGGCAAGCACGUCAAUCCAUCGGAUGCCCAGCUCAGCGUCCUCAAGCGCCUCCAGGACCUCGACCGUAACAUGUUCGCCUUCGACAUGGGGGUCUGGGGCCCGUUCGGCGCGCGCCGGGAGAGGCAUUUCAUGCUCACCAUGCACCGCCUGAGUGCUGCCGGGACGUACCAGGCCAAGGAGCGGGGCGUGGCGGACGCGUACGCCUGCAACUCCAAGGUGAUGGCCAAGAACUACCCGAAUGCAUGGUGGAUUUGCUGCAUGGCGGAGUGGGAGUUAUGGUGCGAGUUCGCUGUCGAGGAGAUUGCGCGGCAGCGGCACUUUUACGAGCAGAACCCAACCCUUUCCAUGCACGACCCGCGCAUGCCGUGGACCUCGGUGCCUCUCGCUGGGAUCAAGGGCGUGGACGCAAUGCAGUUCUGGGAGAGCUCCCUCAAGGAGAAGGCCAGGAACUGGAUGACCACGCAACGCGCCAGCACGCACCCGUCCUGGUGCGACCGGCAGGCGAAUCUCUAUUCGCCUCCGCGGAUGGCGGCCGCCACCGCUGCGGCGCCACCGCCCCAAAGGCAGCAGCAACCAGCGAACGUUACGAGGAGGGCGAGGAAGCGCAGGGCGGCAGAAGCACGGGUAGCAUCUGGAUCGCAGUCCGGUGAGCUGGGCGCGCGCAGCAGUGGUGCACAGACCGUGGACUACGACGCUCGCCGCGCCGACGGCCAGUACUACUUCUCGAAGAACGGUGUCGCGCUAUGCUACCACUGGGGCCGGAAUCCUGGCGC